CGGAGGCAGUGAGCGCACGGGGGAGCGGCAGUGUACGACAGUGGCGCUGCGCCGCGAACUCUGCGCCACAGACAGUCUGGCUGUUGGUUUAUCACUGCGCUUCAGCAACAGCACCGCGCCGUGCAGCAAACAGACCCUCGCGUCUUUAAGAGCAACAUGCUCACGCUGUGGAUUUUAAAACUCAGCGGUAGCAGAAGGGCAGUCUGGGUCAAAGUCAUGAUCGGAAUCUGGCGGAACUAGCCCAAGUGGAAUUACUCCGUACCCCCCAGUUUUUGGACAUUGUUUUUGUGCCGUGGGUCUCAAGUGGAUGCAGGUUUUUCACCGUGUUUUUUUUUCCAGUGAUUGAACUGUGAAGUAGAUAUUGUUGGGUUGACGAAAAGCGUUUUUUGUUGGAUGUAAAACAAUAAAGAUUUGAUUUCUCCCCUCUCCCCUUUCCUCACCUUCAACAUGACUUCUCUAUCUGGGAAUAAAGACAAAGUGACCACCAGAAGCCGCAAAUAUGGGAUCACAGAUGCUUCUCCCACCAAAUCGGCCUCGUUUUCUCCCGAGACAUGGUACCGCAAGGCUUACGAAGAGUCCCGGACCGGUAGCCGCCCCGCCCCUGAAGGUGCCGGUUCAAUGCCCGGUUCGUCUGGAACGCCAUCGCCUGGAUCAGGCACCUCUUCUCCUGGAUCGUUUUCCGGCUCCCCCGGCACCACGUCCCCAGGAAUCGGCACAGGUUCACCGGGAUCUCUAGGCGGUUCCCCCGGAUUCGGCACCGGAUCACCGGGUUCGGGCAGCGGGAGCUCGCCAGGGUCUGACCGAGGGAUUUGGUGUGAGAACUGUAACGCUCGGCUGGUGGAACUGAAGAGACAAGCGUUGAAACUGCUCAUACCCGGACCGCUCUCCAGCAAGGAUCCCUCCAUCUCCCUGCUGCUCCAUGACAAGCUCCAGGUCCCCAACAGCACCCGCAAAGCCUGGAACGAGCGGGACGGCCGCUGUGACGUCUGCGCCACUCACCUGAACCAGCUGAAGCAGGAGGCCAUCCACAUGGUGCUGACCCUGGAUCAGUGUGGGGACGCCUCCCCGGGCUCCCCCCCACCCCUCGCCAACCUUCCCGCCCUCACGGGCCCCCGCGGUGUCCUGCAGGGGGUGCCCCGCGACUGGGGCUACCUCCCCGCUGCCUACCACACCCCCAGCUCGUCCGGCCCCGCCCCCAACCACGCCCACAUCCCCACCGCUGCCACCACUACCACCCCCACCACCGCCGCCGGCUUCUAUGCGGGCUACCCCAAGCACGGCACCAAGCCCAACACCCUUGGGGUGGGCAACGGGGCGGAGAAAAAAAAUGGGUCCCCGGGACACGCCGGAAAGCCCGGCGCUCAGCCGCCGCCCGCCCACCCGCCUGUCAGCCCCAGCAACGGGAAUGGCAACGGCAACGGCAACACCCUGAGCUCCGUCGCCCUCCAGACCCAUCAGUACCUGGACGCCACCUGGUCCAUGUCCCGCGCCAAUGGGGUCACCCUCUACCCCUAUCAGAUCUCGCAGAUGAUCUCCGAGGGGUGCAGGGAGGGGCUGACGGAGGCCGCCCUGAACCGCUACAACGCCGACCGGCUGCCGCCCUACAGCUUCCCCGCCCCCCAGGCUCCACUCGUCACCGCGGCGCCCCCUAGUGGCACCUCCGCCGCCGCCUCCUUCUUCGCCAGAGCCGCCCAGAAACUCAACCUCUCAUCCAAAAAGAAGAAGCAGCGCCCUGCGCCCCCCCUGGCGUGCGACCCGCCCCUCUUCCCCACCAACUUCAGCGGGAUCUUGCAGACCUCGCCCCCCCCGGCCCCGCCCUGCCUCCUGCGUGCUGUCAACAAGGUCAAAGACACCCCUGGCCUGGGAAAGGUCAAAGUGAUGCUGCGGGUUUGCCCGGUGCUGCCGGCUGACGCCUCCGGGUCAAGCUCCUUCCUGAAGGUGGACCCGCGUAAGAAGCAGAUUACGAUAAUGGACCCGACCAACAACGGCCCGCAGAACCCACAGCAGAAACGGGGGGGUGCCAGCCAGGUCCCGCCCAAGAUGUUCGCCUUUGACGCAGCGUUCCCCCACGACGCGUCCCAGGCUGAGGUGUGUGCUGGGACAGUGGCCGAGGUCAUCCAGUCUGUGGUCAAUGGGGCAGAUGGCUGCGUCUUCUGUUUUGGACAUUCCAAACUGGGAAAGUCCUACACCAUGAUCGGGAAGGACGACUCCAUGCAGAACCUGGGCAUCAUCCCCUGCGCCAUCUCCUGGCUCUUCAAGCUCAUCCACGAGCGGAAGGAGAAGACAGGCGCCCGCUUCUCCGUGCGCGUCUCCGCCGUGGAGGUCUGGGGCAAGGACGAGAACCUCAAGGACCUGCUGUCCGAGGUGGCCACGGGCAGCCUGCAGGACGGCCAGUCUCCCGGCGUCUACCUCUGCGAGGACCCCAUCUGCGGAAUGCAGCUUCAGAACCAGAGCGAGUUACGUGCCCCCACAGCAGAGAAAGCCGCCUUCUUCUUGGAUGCCGCCAUCGCCGCCCGGAGCAGCAGCAGGCCCGACUGCGAGGAGGAGGACCAGCGCAACUCCCACAUGCUGUUCACACUGCACAUCUACCAGUACCGCAUGGAGAAGACUGGCAAGGGGGGCAUGUCAGGUGGUCGCAGCAGGCUGCACCUGAUAGACCUGGGCAGCUGUGUGAAGGUGCUGAGUAAGACACGCGACAGCAGCACCGGCCUCUGCCUGUCCCUCUCUGCCCUGGGCAACGUCAUCCUGGCCCUGGUCAACGGCAGCAAGCACAUCCCCUACAAAGACAGCAAGCUCACCAUGCUGCUGCGAGAGUCUCUGGGCAACAUGAACUGCCGCACCACCAUGAUCGCUCACAUCUCCGCCUCGCCCAGCAACUUUACUGAGACCCUCUCCACCAUCCAGAUAUCCUCCCGGGUCCUGAGGAUGAAGAAGAAGAAGGCCAAACAAUACACCUCCAGCUCCUCUGGGGGGGAGAGCUCUUGUGAGGAGGGGAGGAUGCGCCGGCCCACCCAGCUCAGGACGUUCAACUCCCGCAACGUGGUCGACCCCGACAUGCCCCUGCUGCAUCUAUCGAGCGACCCCGACGACUACUCCAGCAGCGAGCAGUCCUGCGACACCGUCAUCUACGUGGGGCCCAACGGCUCUGCCCUGUCUGACAAGGAGCUGACGGAUAAUGAGGGCCCCCCCGAGUUUGUCCCCAUCAUCCCCUCCCUGCACAAGAGCAAGAGCGAGCAGGGGAAGCCCUCGCAGGCCCAGGAACAGCCUCAGCCAAUCCUGCCACAGCCUCAGCCUGCACCAUCCCAGAAUGCAAUGCAGCAGCAGCAUCACCCGGUGCAACAGCCGCUGCCCCCGGAGGCGCCAGAAGAGGGCGCUGAGUCCAGCAAGCAGGAGAAGGACUGCCUCAAGUGCAACACCUUCGCUGAGCUGCAGGAACGUCUCGAGUGCAUCGACGGGAGCGAGGCGGUCAGCAGCUUCCCAUUUGAAGAGCUCUCCACCAGUCAGGCCACCAGAUUUGAGCCGGUUAAGAGCGGGCUGGAGUCCCAUGUUGCCAAGCGGAUCUGCAACGACAAGCAGCUGGCGGAGAUCCAGGAGGUGGUGGAGGAGGCUGAGAUCGCCCAGUCCAUCAUCGAGAGCCUGACUCAGUCAGCUGGGAACAGCUGUGCACUCUCCACCAGCAGGAGUGUGACAGGAAGCAGUGGCACCGCCCAGAUCACCCCCCUCCAGCGGGCCAAGAGCUCCACCCUUCACGACAGCAAGGAGGCCGGCGCCGCCAGCUUCGGCGAGACCAAGCCACGCCCCAUGGGCUCCCCCAGGCUGGGCAUCGCAAGCCUGACCAAGACGUCAGAGUACAAGCCUCCCUCUUCUCCAUCGCAGCGUUGCAAGGUGUACACCCAGAAGGGCAUCAUGCCCAGCACGCCCCCUUCAUCCUCCCAGAGCCUGAACCGGGACAGCGGGAAGUCCUCCACCGAGUCCCUGCUGCAGCCCGAGUCCAGGACGUCACCCGUGGGCAUGAGCCCUCAGGUUCUGAAGAGGUCGUCCUCCUCCGCCAGCGUAGGCUCCGAGGAGACCCUGAACGAGGACCUGCCCCAGCUGCCCCUGGACAACCAGAAGGAGGUGAGGAGCACCACCACGGUGACGGUGCAGCAGCCGCUGGAGCUGAAUGGGGAGGACGAGCUGGUCUUCACCCUGGUGGAGGAGCUGACAAUCAGCGGGGUGCUGGAGAACGGCAGGCCCACCAGCAUCAUCAGCUUCAACAGCGACUGCUCCGUGCAGGCCCUGGCCUCCGGCUCCCGGCCCGUCAGCAUCAUCAGCAGCAUCAGCGAGGAUCUGGAGUGCUUCCCGGGGGGCGCCUGCCCUUCCCCUGCUAACAUCAACAUCAACCCCACCACCUCCACUGCCACCACUGCUGCCACCACAAUCUCAGAGCUCUGCAUUUCCAAGCUCCUGCCCAUCCCCCGGACUGAGGGGGAGGCGGUGUCCCUCUCCAGCCGGCGCUCCUCCAUCAGCUCCUGGCUCAGCGAAAUGAGCACUGGCAGCGACGGAGAGCAGUCCUGCCACAGCUUCAUCGCCCAGCCGGGCUACGGGCAAGGGGAGGCGCUGGCCGAAGCCUCGCAGAUCGAUCUUCCCGAAGAAGGGCAGGGUGACUACUGGAAUGGGGGAAAGUGCCUGGAGAAUGUGAGUCUGCUGGCUGGCACCGAGAAAGCCCAAGAAAAGAGCACGCCGGCCAAGGAGAAACUGAAAAAGCUGGGCAAAACCACAGUGACGAUCUCCAACGUCCAGUCCCUGGGAGGGCCAGGCGGGUUUGUCCCCUUCAGGACCAACAUCACCGUCCACCCCUGCGUGGCAGUCAAACCAAUGGUGGUGCAGGACUCAACACAGGUGUCCUCACCUGUGAAGAGCCUGCAAGGGAAAGACACCAAAGCUCCCUCCGCCCCUGUUUCCGGCGACCACCACUUUGACGACCCUUGGAUGAAAAGGGACAGCGAGGAGCUGAAGCCCAAGGAGCUGGUCUGUGAGGUGAAGCCAGAGAAGAGGGCUGUGGACCCUAUGGGGAGCCAGAGCCCAGCGGACAGGCUCAGCUCGAGCAGUGGAGAGGCGGCCUGCUCCCCAGACACUUUGAAGAGGGUGGUGGACGGAUGCGAGAUGGUCCUGAACCCAGCAGAGAGCCUCACGCCGACGAGUUCUGUUGCCAUCCUGCGGACGGCCAGCCUGCCACGGGGCUGGCGCCGUCUCAACAGGCAGGAUGACCUUGACGACGCCUUGCUCCGCUGCACGGGCGCGGAGCACAGAGCCCUGGGACUCACCAGCUCCACCCCCUGCAGCCCCAGGGCCACCCUGGAAAGGAGAGGGUCAUCGUCCUCGAAGCAAGGUGUCCCCGCCCGGCCCAAAGGGAUGCCACCGCUGCCACCAAUAAGGAAGUCCAGUCUGGAUCAGAGAAACAGAGCUGGCCUGCAGCAUGGCUCAGGCAGCAGCCAGACACUCAACCAGAUGCUGUCUUUCUCAGGCAGCACGGCCGAGGAUUUGGGCGGCAACGGGAAACUGAAAGGCCCCAAUGUGGAGAGCAGCAGGCUGUUCAGUGCAAAGCUGGAGCAGCUGGCAAGCAGGACCAAUUCUCUGGGAAGGUCCCACGUGGGGCACUAUGACUGUCUGUCACUGGAGAGGGCCGAGAGCCUCAGCUCUGUGGGCUCCAAGGGCAGCAUGGGAAGGGACUCCACCAUGCCCCGGGCUAGCAGGAGCUUGAACCGCGGCUCUGUGUCCUCGCCCUCUAGUGGCACCAGCGGGAACAGCAGCAUGCCACAGUCACCCAAGGCCAGCCAGUCCAAAAUCUCAGCGGUCAGCAAGCUCCUGAUGGUGAGCCCCAAGGCCCGCAGCCUGUCAGCCUCCAGCACCAAGACGCUGAGCUUCUCCACCAAGUCCCUCCCGCAGUCUGUCAACAGGAGCUCCAGCAUGCCACCCAACGGGAAGAACCAGACCCCCAGCAACUGGUCCACCCAGUCCCUGAGCCGCAACAGGGGGUCAGGGCUGGCUGCCAAGCUCCCCCUGAGGGCCGUGAACGGGCGGAUCUCCGAGCUCCUCCAGGGCAGUGGGGGGUCCCGCGCCAGCCAGGCCCGGGGGGGCUCGGACUCCGAGGAGAGGGGCGGGGCACAGGGCGAGGAGCGGCCGGCGGUCCACACCCUGCCCUCGCCCUACAGCAAGAUCACCGCCCCCCGCAAGCCGCAUCGCUGCAGCAGCGGCCACGCCAGCGACAACAGCAGCGUGCUGAGCGGCGAGCUCCCGCCCGCCAUGGGCAAGACCGCCCUCUUCUACCACAGCGGGGGCAGCAGCGGGUACGAGAGCAUGAUGCGGGACAGCGAGGCCACGGGCAGCACCUCCUCUGCCCAGGACUCCAUGAGCGAGAACAGCAGCUCCGUCAGCGGCCGCCGGAGCCUGAAGAACUCCAAGAAGAGGAACAACACAGGGUCCCAGCGGCGGCGCCUGAUCCCCACGCUCUCCCUGGACACCUCCUCCCCGGUCAGGAAGCCGAUCAUCAGCCCCGGGGUGCGCUGGGUGGACGGGCCCCUCCGGCCUGCCCAGAGGACGCUGGCCGAGCCCUUCGAGAUCAAGGUGUACGAGAUCGAUGAUGUGGAGCGUCUGCAGAGGCGGAGGGGCGUGGGAAACAAGGAGGUGGUCUACUUCAGUGCCAGGCUGAAGAUUCUGGAGCACCGGCAGCAGAGGAUCUCUGAGGUGCGGGCCAAGUACGACUGGCUGAAGAGGGAGCUGGAGCAGACCAAGCAGCACCUGAUGCUGGCCCCGGACAAGUGGACCAGAGAGUUCGACCUACAGCAGACAUUCGAGGUGGACUCCUUGGAGUACCUGGAAGCCCUGGAGUACGUCACAGAGCGACUGGAGAAUAGGGUCAACUUCUGCAAGGCGCACCUCAUGAUGAUCACGUGCUUCGAUGUCACCUCCAGGAGGCGGUAGGGGGAAGGGCGGCGGUGCAAACCCGUCCCCAAUGCUGCAAGGACCCAUGGGAAGUCGAGCGACUUGGUUGCGGCAAGCGGAAGAGGGCGUAGGAGGAAUGGUGGCUACAUGGUUAUCCGAUACAACGGACUAUGACACAAACGGAUAUAAGGACCUUGUUUUUUUUAUUAAUAAAGUAGGGAAGAGAAGUAGGAUGGGGGAAGAGUAAGUGAAACUUUGGAGAUCGACAUCAUCUGAGGACACGGUAUCUCCUGACACGAGCCUGACAGAGCACUUUCAUCGAAGUAACUCUUGAGUUUACGGCUGUAAAUAGGGUUUUGCUUGCUUGCUUUUAAAGAACCAGACACACGGGGGUGUGAAACAGACAAGAAACGGCAAGAGGGAGGGAAAAAAAGGACAAAAAAGUGCCUUGUGAAGACUGUAUUGAAACAUUGUUUAUUUGUGUACAGUUGGUGCUAGCUGAAAUAGAUUUAAAGCAAAAGAAGAAAAAAGAAACCAAAAAAAGAACAAAAAACGCAGCUCGUUUUACUUGGUGUUUUAUCCUGACUUGCUGUUUAUCGGUCCUUUGUACUUGUACGGUUAUAUACUAGCUGAAAAAGCAACACAAUGUUACGUGUAUGUUUUCUAUUAUGAUUUUUUUUUAUCCUUUAAAAAAAAAAAAAACAGACAGUGAGACCAUUCAGAGAGUAUGGGUUAAGGGUACGAGAGAGAGAGUGGGGAAACGAAUGGAGAAGGCCUAGAUUGUUUUGCUUCCCUGUGUAUAUGCUGGCAUCGUAGGGAGCCUGUGGCCCCCGGGCCAAGCCUUCCCUAGCGCUGGGGCGGAGAGCGAUGAGAGGUAUCACUCAUGCCAGCGAGAUGGAGGGGCGCUUAAACAAGCCCAACCGCGGGAGCUGUCAGUGGUGAAUGAGAGAACAGCCGUCAGGCUUAAAUACGCUGAAAUACCUUUGUGUGUCUUGGCCCUGGGAUCGAGGCAACAUCUGGAAAGGUUUGUUCGUCAAAGCCCCCCCCCCCCCCCAACCCCUCAGAGAAAGCCUCGGAUUUCACCUCACAAUACGGCCCCCCAUUUCCAGUCCCGGAGACGGAGGAUAGUUUUUGGGGUUCAGCAAAAAGGAACGGCACGCGCUUUCUUCAAACGCAGCCUGGUGAAUACACCGGAGGAGACUGCACACAAGAGUUUUUACUGUUUUUAAGAUCUGUGACAGGGCCUACCUAAUAGCCGCUUUAGGUGCUGUAGCUACAUAAUUAACUACGAAGACCAGACCUGUCUGACCCCAUUGUAUUUAACGCACACACUUUGCGGCCAAAAAAAACAACCCAUUCACUCUCUGUGGUCUCACUGCAGUGUUCAAUACACCUUGGUGAUAUUUAAUAUAUGGUGCUUGACACAGUUUAAGUGUUUAUAUAAAUAUAUAUAGCUUGUUUCCUAUACUAACUUUAACCCCACCCACUACACCUUUACACACACCCCUUCCCCUCAUCUAACCUCUGAACCCCACCGACUGUCAUGCCUUGCCCUUACCGUACCUUUGUCAUAGUAGUGAAUGAAGGAUAUUAUUUAUUUGUAAACUCAGGAGGCCUGUUUGAAAGAAAGAGUUGCUUAUAUUGUAUAAUUUAUUUACACAAUAUGGUUUGCAAAGUGCUAUGCAUUGACAAUUUACCAGUAGCUAAAUUCAUUUCAUAUAUAUUAUAUAUAUAUACAUAUAUAUGAAACACACACACUCAC